AUGUUACCUCGCUCUGAUGAUGUCCGUCAUAUGACGGACGAUAGCUUAGAACCUUUUCCUCAAAAUCGAAGGAGAUUGCUUCGGAAACAGCGUCAGCAUGAAUUCUCCAGUAAAGCCAAUCGGCAGCUGGUAAAGAGGAAUCCGCCGUUGUCUUCUGGUGGAACCGACCAUCGAAUCUCAGCAUCCAGCACUUUCACUUGA